GUAGACAGAAGAAAUGAGAGGGGGAGAACGGCGGCAGCGGUCUGCACCUGUGGCUGGCUCUGUGUGGACUCCUCCUAAUGCAACAGGGAUGCUAUCAACGCCGCAAAUGCAAACUUUCUUUUGUGCAUUUGCAGCUUUCUGAUUCCGAGGACAUGUGAGAGAAAGAGUGCAGCCAUGUCGCUGAAUGAAACUGGAGCCCAAACACUGGCCCCAGAGCCAUGUGAGCAGCAGAUAAUCCAAGAGGACAACCCCAGAAGUGGGAGCGGGGGUUCCGCCAGCAACAUGUCGCUGCACUGCUGGCUGCAGCUCCUUACCAGGGAAUCCAUCAUGGAAUUACAAGGAGACAGCUCCAGCCUGGUGGUGCGUGUGAUGAUAGCGUGUGUGUACUCUAUAGUGUGCGCUCUGGGGUUGGUGGGCAACUCGCUGGCUCUGUAUCUGCUCCACUCCCGCCACAGGCAGAAGCAGUCGUCCAUAAACUGCUUUGUGAUGGGGCUGGCUAUCACAGACCUGCAAUUUGUUCUCACUUUACCCUUCUGGGCGGUGGACACAGCACUGGACUUUCGCUGGCCUUUUGGCCGGGUCAUGUGCAAAAUCAUCAGCUCUGUCACCACCAUGAACAUGUAUGCCAGCGUGUUCUUUCUGACAGCAAUGAGCGUGGCAAGGUAUUACUCCAUCGCCUCGGCUUUGAAGAUGCACAGUCGGAGGGCAGCUGCAGCCAGGGCAAAGUGGACCAGCCUUGGCAUCUGGGCUGUCUCUCUGCUGGCUACUUUGCCUCAUGCCAUCUACUCCACCAGUGUCCAGGUGUCGGAUGAGGAGCUCUGCCUGGUACGCUUUCCAGACUCUGGCAGCUGGAAUCCACAGCUCCUAUUGGGUCUGUACCAACUACAGAAGGUGCUGCUGGGGUUCCUCAUUCCUCUAAUCAUAAUUACCGUCUGUUAUCUGCUCCUGCUGCGGGUCAUCCUCAGCCGUCGCAUUACAGGAGGAGCAGAUCCAGAGGUCAAGCAAGGCCGCCUGAAUCGGCGCUCCAAAGUCACCAAAUCCAUCGCCAUAGUGGUUCUGUCUUUCUUUCUGUGCUGGCUGCCCAAUCAGGCUCUGACGCUCUGGGGUGUGCUCAUUAAGUUUGACCUUGUUCCCUUUAGCAAGGCGUUCUACAACGUGCAGGCCUACGCCUUCCCCCUGACCGUGUGCCUGGCGCACACCAACAGCUGCCUCAACCCCGUGCUCUACUGCCUGAUUCGCCAGGAGUUUCGGGCCGGGCUCAAGGAGCUCCUCCUCCGCGCCACGCCGUCCUUCAGGCGCUUGACUCACCUCCUGCGUCGCAAGACCAAAGUGCCCGAGGCGCCGCCCGUUCUGGUGCUGGUGCAGAUGGACGUCUGAGCACGACGACCGGCUUUCACUGUGACGUCUGACUCUGCGGGAGAGAGUAACUAACUCAGAGAGCGUACUUUCUGCAUUGGAGCAGCUUGAAUUGAGGGACUGAAUUUAUUCUAGUCUUUCCGAAUCUAAAAAAAUAAGAAAUAAUCACAUUUCAUUCUGGUUGUUGAAAACAACGUAAUCACAGUGGAUAGCACCGUGGGAUGUGUACCGAUUUCACUGCAUCCACAUUUACCCACUCUGUCUCAGAUCCUUUUGUUGUUAUGGCAGCUCUGCCUUCCUCGCUGUCUGAGAGGCAGCCCUGCUGCUCUUUGCUAAUGUACAUACACCGGUAGCAACCUGACAAAAGGGGACGUUUUUCUUCAUGCCAGCCAUUUCUGUGUUCUUGAGUAUCCUUUAGAAAGAUAAAAGAUGAACUGUAAACCAAAACAAACACUUUGGUGUGGAAAAAUUACCUGUACUUCAAAUACAAGAGCAAAGAAAGUAUAAACUCCAUUAGUACUUCUGUGAUAAGGUCAAAACUUAACUUCAAUGUAUUUCCUACAGUUGUAAAUUAUACAAGAGCAACUGUUUAUUGCAUUCUGUUGGGAAAAUACGCUUGACAAUGAAUGAAUAAAUAAAUAGAUGGGAAGAAACCUUGGAGAACCUCCAGAUGAAAUGGCCUCAGUAAUAUAAGUGUACAGCUGUGAAGAUAAAUGUUGUCCACAAGGACCAGAGGUCUGCGAGACUCUUACAAGACUCGCGUGUCAGUACGACUAAUCAUACACCGCAACAAUAAGCCGAGCACGUACGCAGUGUUGGCUGCACACAAAUGGAAAAACUGCCACUCACUUUCCUCCCACGUGUCUCCGCUGACAGCCACGCUCAACACGCAGUUUUCUCACAGAGGCAGAAUCGUCAGAUUGCAUAGAAAGAAUAUUGAUCUUUUUUUGUCUUACACCAUCCAUUGGUAUAAAUUUGGCUUUUUUUUCAAGCUGUUCCGUGAUGUAGAAACUGCAUUUGUUUCUAUUUAAAAUGCAGUUUGUGUCUGAGGUGCAAAUAAAAAGAAAAACAAGAGAAAUAAGUUUCAAAAAUGUACAAAUUUACAAAAUUUAAUUUAGAUUUCUUUUAUAGAGAAAAGUUUGCUCUUUCAAUUGAAAAAUGGAUCGACUGACAAAAAAAAUGGUUUGGCUGCAAAUAAACACAAUAAGGAGUGAAAUGAAGGUUAGACUAGGAGGAGGGCAUCAGACAAAAGACUGACGCUUGUGUCUCUAAUCUUUAAUUAAGGAGACGUCAUUUCUCUCAUUCUGUGUUUGUACCACGGCUCUUCAGUCAAUACCAGCGUCAAAAGUAAUCCAGGAACAAAAAAAUGCAGUGUGAAUGUUUAUCAGACAGAGGAAUGCUUUUCUCCUUCCAUUUGGAUGAGCUGAGGUGAAAAAAUUAGAUAUUUUCUCCUCAGUGGAUCUCGUGUAAUUUACUCACACACUGAAAAGGAUUUUUGUAUUAAUGCUGAAUUUGACGUGAUGAAGUGAUUUUAAAGCGCUUUCACAUACUCCUAGUGUAGUUAGGCUUGAACUUCCCAUCAUUUUCACAUCCGUGACAAUAAACUAUAUAAUUUAUGCACUGCUGGGAUAUGCAGUUUAAAUUUUUAAUGCAACGUCAACAUGGUAUAUAUUAAUGUCAUUUGUUUUUUGUACUAGCUUGUGUGUUAAUUUUAUUCCUAUUAAACUGUAUUACUCUAUGAA